AUGUUUAUACAGAAUAUUGGCCAAUACAUAUCAGUUGUUAGAAUUUCUGACGAAAGAGAGAUACUAAAUGUAGAGUUCUUAGGACUACCAUUUAGAAGCACUAAAGACCACACUGUUGGAGAUGUUAAAAAGUUAUUGAUUAUGGCCGUCUGUAGUUUAUGUUAUUCCCUUGGUGACUAUUUAGAUUGUAGCGUUGAGGAUGCCAAAAAAGUUAAAUCAUAUAGUAUCCAAGUAAUUGUACUAGAAGAGAAUACCGGCACUAUUUGUUCAGAACAUAUCAUUCAACCGACACCUCUUGGUCCAUUUUGGACCGAGAUUGAUGACGAUGGUAUUAUAGAUGGGGACCUUCCUGCCUUUACAAUUAAUAUAUUUGACUCAGGUGAUGAAAAAAGUUCAGAGGCAAUGUAUGCCGAGGCAGUUAAGGAUACCUAUUUCGAUAACUCAUCAGACACAUCAUCUCUUAUUACGAAGGUCACAAAUAGAAUAACACCCUCAUUCAAAGAUAAUUUCGGAUUUCAACCAAACCGUGAGACACAAUCUUAUAUCACAACAAUCAUCUACCCCACGUCAAGGAAUUCUUCAUUCUUUGCACCGGGAGUGGCAGGAUUUAUGAUUGACCCUCAUAACUUUGUGCUUGAAACGCGGACAGAACAAAGGCAAUUUCUGUCUGUCAUUUCAAAUGUAUUGGCUGUAUGGGGGACAUUUUUGACACUCUAUGCCAUUUUAUUUGGUGUUGGUCGAAUCAAACCAUGGGGCGUUAUACAGAAACACUUCUUUAAAAAACACACACAUGAUGAGCUGAAAGCCUUAAUUCCUCCAUCUUUAUUUUUAGAAAUUGGUGAAAGUAAUAGAACGUUAACAACAGAAGAACGACUUGACCGUCUAACAGUGCUUCUUAUGCAACUCAUACAGAAACACUUGAAGAAAUCUAAAACACAUGAAAGAUAUAAAAACACAUCAAUUCCACCAUCUUUAUUUUUAAAAAUUGAUGAAGGUAAUAGAACGUUAACAACAGAAGAACGACUUGAUCGUCUGACAGCGCUUAUUAUAGAACAUGUUAUUGAGAUAUCAGAAUUAGACGAAAAAUUGAAGAAGAAUAACAGUGAUGCUAGCCGAGCAACUGGAAAGACUGCCGCGGCAGCAACAUUAUCACAGUGA